GGGAGCACGGAGGCCUCCUGGGGAGGGGCAGGUGGGCUCCUGGGGUCUCUCCCAGCAGAGAAGGUCCUUGGGCCUGUGAAGGGGUCAGUGAGUAGGGGGACAGCAGGAGGCCUGGGCUCAGGCCUCCAGGAUGGGUAAGGUGGGGGGACGGAUGGCAGUGGCCCCUUGCCCCUGUGCCCUGGCCGCAGCGAGGAUCUGCUGGGCCCAGCCGGGCAGGACCACUGAGGACCACUGAGGGGAGCCUUUGGGGGCCGGGGGCCGAAGCUGGCUUUGUCCCCAAGACACUGCCCUCGGUGAAGCCUCCCUCCUUUUUCGUGAACGAUGCAGGCCCGGAAGACCACCAGGCCACAGCCUAAGUCCCACCGGAAGUUCUCUGCCCCCCGGCAUGGACACCUGGGCUUCCUGCCACACAAGAGGAGCCGCCGGCAUCGGGGCAAGGUGAAGACGUGGCCUCGUGAUGACCCCAGCCGGCCCGUGCACCUCACGGCCUUCCUGGGCUACAAGGCGGGCAUGACGCACACUCUGCGGGAGGUGCAUAGGCCCGGCCUCAAAAUUUCCAAGCGGGAGGAGGUGGAGGCAGUGACGAUCGUGGAGACGCCACCCCUGGUGGUGGUGGGUGUGGUGGGCUACGUGGCCACCCCGAGGGGCCUGCGGAGCUUCAAGACCAUCUUCGCAGAGCAUCUCAGUGACGAGUGCCGCCGCCGCUUCUACAAGGACUGGCACAAGAGCAAGAAAAAAGCCUUCACCAAGGCCUGUAAGAGGUGGCGUGACGCCGACGGCAAGAAGCAGCUGCAGAAGGACUUUGCCGCCAUGAAGAAGUACUGCAAGGUCAUCCGGGUCAUCGUCCACACCCAGAUGAAGCUGCUGCCCUUCCGGCAGAAGAAGGCCCACAUCAUGGAGAUCCAGCUGAACGGCGGCACGGUGGCUGAGAAGGUGGCCUGGGCCCAGGCCCGGCUGGAGAAGCAGGUACCGGUGCACAGCGUGUUCAGCCAGAGCGAAGUCAUCGACGUCAUUGCCGUCACCAAGGGCAGGGGCGUCAAAGGUGUCACGAGCCGCUGGCAUACGAAGAAGCUGCCGCGGAAGACCCAUAAGGGGCUGCGCAAGGUGGCCUGCAUUGGUGCCUGGCACCCUGCCCGCGUGGGCUGCUCCAUCGCCCGGGCUGGGCAGAAGGGCUACCAUCACCGCACGGAGCUCAACAAGAAGAUCUACCGCAUCGGCCGGGGGCUGCACACAGAGGACGGGAAGGUGGUUAAGAACAACGCAUCCACCAGCUACGACGUGACCGACAAAUCCAUCACGCCGCUGGGUGGCUUCCCGCACUAUGGGGAGGUCAACAACGACUUCGUCAUGCUGAAGGGUUGCAUUGCGGGCACCAAGAAGCGGGUCAUCACAUUGAGGAAGUCCCUCCUGGUGCACCACACCCGCCAGGCCCUGGAGAACAUCGACCUCAAGUUCAUUGACACCACCUCCAAGUUUGGCCACGGCCGCUUCCAGACAGCCCAAGAGAAGAGGGCCUUCAUGGGUCCCCAGAAGAAGCAUCUGGAGAAGGAAAAGCCGGAGACCUCGGGAGACUUGUAGGCAGAAUGAGACGGCGGGGGCCUGGAAGAAGCGCGGCGCAACCCCAGCUGGUGCCCUAGUCUAAUAAAAGCCAGAGGCAGUU